CUAGACACGAAGGGCGUAUCUCUCGCGAUAACGGACACGGCCUACUUUGGAGUUAUAUACUACACUCGAACAAAAAGUGUGAAGGUUCACCCGACGAUCAAGGUAGCUCGAGAACGAUAUGGCCGGGCAGGCUUUUAUUUGGUAACUGUCAUAGAGCGACCUUGACCUAAAGCUAAACACAGAGUUUUUCUGGGGAGAGAAAUGAAUUCCGUGAAUAACAUGGAGCUAUUCGGCAACUAGCCGUGAACAUGGCCCUGGGGGGGAUGGCUGAAUCCAGAAUUAAGUAUAUAUUGCUAAUUAUGAUCGGAAUAUACGAUAUGUCGGGAGAUUGGUAUACCGAGAGCGAAUUCCCCAACCCAUCAACAUAGUUAAAGCUGAUUGCAAUCCCAGAAUCUCCGCACCUACACCCCCUACUUCUCCGCAGCCAAGGAAUGGACUGUUGUCUACGAUCUGGGGUAGAAGUAUAAUAGAAUUCGAUUAAGUAUGGUAGCUCCGCACCCUACCAGCAUACGUCAAUCAGCCUGUGGCGGUUCAGAGUAGUGUGGGCAUCUCUUAUGAUGUACGUCCCGAGCUUCCUGCGGAAAUCCCUAGCCCUAUCGGUCUUCGUGACCGUAGGCGCCGCCGCGGAACGAUGUAAAACGGACGAGGACUGCAGCCUCAACGGCGUCUGCUGGCGCUUCAUCGGGAGGUGUAAGUGCGAUCCGGGGUGGAAGUCGGACGAUUGCGGCCAGCUUGAUCUCCAGCCGGUCACACGGUGGACGGGGUACAACCACACAAAUGUCACCCUGCCCGAUUACUACAGCACCAAAGGGGGUAAUUCAUCCUGGGGCGGAAAUAUCAUCCAGGAUCGACACGACAGGGGACUCUUCCACUUGGUGGUCGACCAGUUCGCCCGCGGCUGCGGCCUCCCGGGCUGGCGCCCGUUCAGCACUGUAAUCCGAGCCGAGUCUCUGACAGGCCCCGCGGGGCCGUACUAUUACGCCCAGGAGCUGCUGGGGACGUUCCGGCACAACGCGAAGGUGGUCUGGAGCCUGGCGGACGAGAAGUACCUCAUGUACACGAUCGGGAUCGAGACGGAGACGCUGGACCGGUGCCGGUCGUUCAAGUGGGCGAACAACGUGUCGGUAUCGAGCGCGCCGUACAUCCGGGGCCCGUGGUCGCUGGCGCAGCGGCUACUCGACGGCACGAACCCGUCGCCGUGGCCGCUGUGGACGCGCGGGGACCCGACCGCAGAGAUCGCGCUCGCGGUGGAGGAUAACAUGAUCUACGCAGCACCGGGCUUCGACAGCACCUACACGCUGCUCAAGCGGCAGCCGUGGAAUACGUCGGACUACAGCGCGCACUGGACCGAGGACCCGUUCCUGUGGCGAGACCGCCGCGGCCACUGGCACAUCCUGUGCUACUGGAUGGUGGAAAUUGCCGAGCGCGGCGAAAAGUACCCGCGCGUGGGCGGGCACCUGUUCUCGCGCACGUUGGGCGGCGACUGGACCUUCAAGCUGCAGCCGGCGUACGAUACGACGGUGCGCUUCACCGACGGCGGGCACACCGACUACUACCGGCGCGAGCGGCCGCGGCUCUUCUUCAGCGACGACGGCAGGCUCACGCCGUUGUACCUGAUCAACGGCGUGCAGGAAUUCAACAGCUCGGCCAGCUACACGCUCGCCCAGCCGAUCGGGCGCGGGGCCGGCGUGUACGAACACGGGCUCGGGUUCUGAGUUGCGUCGCCGCGGACGGGUCAAGAUACCUACCUGUACCUAUGUAUUUACUAGGUACCUACAGAUGAGCUAAAUAGCGAAGACUACCAAGUAGCGCUGUUAGGAAUCGAACCUAUCCUUCGUUAAGC